AUGAUUGGCUUGCCACCCCUAAGCGACACCAAGCACAGUUUCCGUGAAUCCAUCUUUAUGGGCCACACGGAGAAGUCCAUGGAGGCGAUCAACGCCAUUCUGCGCGACUUGGUGGAGGAAUUCCCAGGGUACCAAUAUGAUGUGUUUCGCAAAAACUGCAACCACUUUGCGGACAGCCUGUGUCAACGAUUGCAGGUGUCAACGAUACCGGAGCACAUCAACCGAUUCGCCCGCAUUGGGGCUUGUGCCGAGAACUUUGUGAAAGACAACUUCGGCGAUUUUAAGCACAGCUCCUGGGCACACAUGGUGCCCAGCUCCCUGGCCUUUUGCGUUGGAGGAAGGCACCAGCCUGCGAGAAGUACGGUCAUGGUCGUUACAUGGUGCCGAAGAAGCUCGUCAAGAAAACGUUCGGCGUCCCUGGCGCGGUGCUAG